AUAAAUUAGAAAAAGAAAAAAAAAAAAAAAAAAAAGGGAAUUGGAAGAAGAAGAAGAAAGGAAAUUUGGUGGCAUGGAGAUGGAGAGUGGAAAGGUGAGGCAGAGCCAUCUGUGUGUUGGUUAGUUUUUUUACAGAAACGCCUUUCUUUCGUUAACUUCAAACUUCAAAAUCUAAUCUCAGGAAAAGGUCAAAUCAAUUCCACCCUUCCAAUUCUUCUUUCUUUCUUUCUUUCUUUCUUUCUUUCUUCUUUUUUUUUUCCAAUCAAUCAUUCCUUCAUUUUUCAUCCCCAACCAUACCCUAUUUCCGGCCCUUUUCUUUUCUGUCUUUCUUUUAUCCUCCAUUUCUCACCUCCCAAUCCUGUAGUUUCUUGCUUUCGGCUACUCGGCAACCCCUUCUGCUCUUCUCUCUUCUUCUUGUUCUUAUUUUUCAUCCAUUUUUUUCGGAGCUCUCUCUCCUGGAAAAUGGAUUCCGAUUUCUGGACUUCUCGUCUUGCCGCUGCUAAACGCCAGUAUAUGUUGCAGCAUCAUCACCAAGCUUCCAACUUAGAUCUGUUGGGAAUCGAUGAUUUGGAGAUGGAUGAUGAUGCCCGUCCCCAUUUUCCCUGCCCUUUUUGUUAUGAGAAUUUUGACGUUAUGUCCCUUUGUUCGCAUCUGGAAGACGAACACUCUUGCGAGACAAGAGUCACGGUUUGCCCCAUAUGCUCAGUUAAAGUCAUGGGGGACAUGUUAAGUCAUAUAACGUUGCACCAUGGGCACUUGUACAAGCUUCAGAGGCGUCGCAGGUUGCGUAAGAUUUCCAUCCCCAACAGUCAAGCAUUGUCCCUCUUGAGCCGGGACCUUCGCGAGGCUCAUCUGCAGGUUCUUUUAGGGAGCAGUGGGUACCGUACAAGCACCACUAACGUGCCUAGUGCAACUCAGGAUCCGUUUUUAUCAUCACUUAUUUUAAAUUAUCCUGCAUCUGAUGUUGAAGAUAUCUCAAAAUCCAUGCUAACGAGUACCGAAGAUGUGUCUUCAGAGAACGUGGCACCAUCACCAAUUUGGAAAUCAAGGACUGAAAAGUCCCUAUGCUUUAAUCCAAUCCAAGUAAUUCCAUCAGCCUUUACAACUACCGGUCUUUGGUCAUAAGGUAAGAGAAAUUUUCCUUGAUGACCAUAGUCAAGUAACAGAGAUCAUCUGUAUUGCAUUGACCGAGGAAUUGCUCUGGUUGUACGCCCUCUGAUUAUCUCUUCCUGUUGUUUAGUAUUAACACUUCUCUUCUUCUCCCCAGUUUUGAUCCUUCUUUGAGCCAGGAAGAGCGGGAAAAAAGGAUGAGACAAGCUAUUGGGAGAGCAGGCUUUAUGCGAGAUAUGCUUUUCUCAACUCUCUUAGAGCAUUAAUGAAAGCAGUAAGUUAUCGCCAAAGUGAUGCGAAAAAUGAAUAAAUGAACAGACGUUAAAUUGAUUUUUAUGGCUUUAUUUGUUGUCGACCCAAUAACAAACUCGUUGAGAUCAAACACUCUUUGAGUACGGUUGAUGACAAUAUCCUUCAUUACAACCAGUGAAUGGAUUACAGUUGAAUAUAAAGUCUGUCUGUUUAUUUAUUUGAUAAUUUAACUGUACCAUAUUUGUAGUUGUGUUGCAAGAAGAAUUUGAAUGUAAAAAAAUUUCAGAAUAGUGAACGACAGAAGGGGAGCAUUAUGCUCGUUGGCGCUCGAAGGUCAGCCGAGCAGGACAAGGAGCCAGACCAUACAUCCAUACAAGAAGAAAUUUGAAGAGAAACCAACAUGGUCAACACAGCGUAAAAAUCUCCAAUUAAAUGGCAACUAUUGGGACUGUGCCUACAGCUACUUCCAAGGAAAUCAUCAAUGCUUUUUGUUUUUAAAACCUUCUCGUUUCAUUAUGACACAACACAACUAGGUUGAAUUAUCAUUCUGAAAUUGAGACGCUGCAAUUUAUUAUAGCUUGAUAAUGAAUUGGAAUUUGCUGUUUUAUCUGAA